AUGCCCAGUUCCACGGCUAGCGAGUCCGUAUCUGCCACUGAGGUGUCCUCAACAAUCGAGUCAUCCUCGUCCGUCGUGGUUGAGUCUUCCACCUCAUCUACAAGCGAGUUCUCAACCACAACGGCUUCAGCUUCGUCGACAAGUGAAACCUCUUCCGUAGUGUCCUCAACAACAUCUUCCGCCGCGGCUAUUGCCACGCAGUUCAGCAGCCUCGUCGCCCGGGACACAAGCGGCACCGACAUCGCCCUGAAGCUCGCGACCCAGAUCGCAGGGGUACGCUACUACAUCUCGUGGAGCUCAGCGGCCAUCGCGACCCCCGUGACCUCAUACAACCUCGACCCGGAGACGGGCCGCCUCUCGGCAACGCUCUCCACCGGCCAGGUGCUCUGGGCCAACACCGCCAUCCCCAGCAGCAACUACAACAUCGAGGUGUUCUUCUUCUGGCCGGCCUCGGUGGUCGCGUCCACCUCGGGCAGGUACUACCUGUCGUGCACGCAGGACAGCGAGCACUACCUCACGUGCGUGUCGGAGGGCGGCGAGGACGUGAAGUUUGUCAACGUUGGGCUGUUCAGCGUCUAUGUCACGCCGGCAUCGUCGAAUACGUACCCACAGCUGCAGAUCCGCGGUUCAGUCUAG